AUGGAAGCCGAAAUCAGAACUGUUUUGCCCAACAUCGAUCCGGUGCUCUCUGAGUAUUCGGUGGGCUAUUUGACUCAUGCAUCUACAAUCUGGUCUGAUGAGGAGGAUCAGUCUGGUCCUUCUCCUCUUGCGGAAGCUGCCUCAACCGUUACUGAGUUGCUGCUUUCUGCCUCUGGAAAAUCGGACGCCAAACUUCAAGAAAAAAUCGAGAAACUGGUUGAGAAAUGGGUUGAAAAGUAUAGUGAGGCCAACGGCGCUCAGAGAAGUGGACCUUCGGCUGUGAGGCGCCUGGACCAGACUUUCCAAGUCAGCUCGCAGCGGAACAUGUCUUCGACCCUUGCAGUGGCCACUGGUGCUGUCGACCUCGAAUCAGCAAAUGCGCGCAAGGUUGAGUCCAAGGUUGACCGGAAGAAGCUUGAGAAAGCGGAACGGAAGAUUGCCGCCAAGCAGCAGAAGAAGACGUUCAAGACGGUUGAGUAUGAGGCCUCCAAGUUGCUCAACCAGCCUGAGUCCACCCAGUCAUACGAAGAGUUCUACAUGGCGGUCAACCCCCUCCAGAUAGGUGGUGCUGGUGGCAACAAGACCAAAGACAUCAAGUUGGACAACGUGGAUGUUUCAAUUGGUGGAAGCCGCAUCCUGGCAGACACGAACUUGACGCUGGCCUAUGGUCACAGAUAUGGUCUUGUCGGACACAACGGUGUCGGUAAAUCUACUUUGCUGCGAGCCCUUUCACGCAGAGAGCUGCCAAUUCCCCCUCAUAUUACUAUUCUUCAUGUCGAGCAAGAGCUCACGGGUGACGAUACCCCUGCAAUCCAAGCCGUGCUCGACGCCGAUGUAUGGCGAAAGGUGCUUCUCAAGGAACAGGCUCAAAUCACCCAAAAACUGGCAGAUAUUGAGACACAACGCGCCUCUUUGGCGGACACUUCCGCCGACGCGGCCAAGCUUGACAGAGAUAGGGAGGCUCAGGACAACCGAUUGGGUGACAUCCAGGCCAAGCUGGCAGAGAUGGAGUCCGACAAGGCCGAGUCAAGAGCCGCAAGCAUUUUGGCCGGUCUCGGUUUCUCGGCCGAGCGCCAACAGUAUGCCACCAAAACCUUCUCCGGUGGUUGGCGUAUGCGUCUUGCGUUGGCAAGAGCGCUUUUCUGCGAGCCAGACUUGUUGCUUCUUGACGAACCGUCCAACAUGUUGGACGUUCCCUCUAUUGCCUUCUUGUCAAACUACCUUCAAGGGUAUCCCAGUACAGUUUUGGUCGUGUCUCACGACAGAGCCUUCCUCAACGAGAUUGCCACGGACAUCAUUCAUCAACACUCCCAACGUCUCGACUACUACCGCGGUGCCAACUUCGAAUCCUUCUAUGCCACCCGCGAAGAGCGCAAGAAGACGGCAAAGAGAGAGUACGAGAACCAGAUGGCGCAGCGAGCCCAUCUCCAGGCAUUCAUUGACAAAUUCCGUUACAAUGCGGCGAAGUCUUCAGAGGCUCAGUCACGUAUCAAGAAGCUUGAGAAGAUGCCGGUGCUCGAGCCGCCUGAGACUGAGUACAGCGUCAAGUUCAAGUUCCCAGAUGUCGAGAAGCUAUCACCCCCAAUUAUCCAAAUGACUGGAGUUACGUUUGGCUACAGCAAGGAGAACAUCUUGCUGCGUAACGUUGAUCUCGACGUGCAGCUAGAUUCACGAAUUGGUAUUGUUGGGCCCAACGGAGCAGGUAAAACUACAGUGCUCAAGCUGUUGAUCGGAAAGCUAUCACCUACGUCCGGUCUUAUUUCCCAGAACCCACGUCUUCGUGUGGGCUUCUUUGCCCAGCAUCACGUUGAUGCUCUGGAUUUGACCAUGAGCGCAGUGAGCUUCAUGGCCAAGACAUACCCUGGAAAGACAGACGAAGAGUACCGUAGACAACUGGGUGCCUUCGGUAUCACGGGAACAACCGGUCUCCAGAAGAUGGAGGUGCUAUCCGGUGGUCAAAAGUCUCGUGUGGCGUUUGCCUGUCUUGCCCUGACCAACCCGCAUAUCCUGGUUCUCGACGAACCUUCUAACCAUCUCGAUAUUGAGGCGAUGGACGCGCUCGCCGACGCGUUGAAGGAGUUCGAGGGUGGUGUACUGAUGGUGUCUCACGAUGUCACAAUGUUGCAAACGGUAUGCACAUCUCUUUGGGUAUGUGAUGGAGGAACUGUCGAGAAGUUCCCUGGAGAUGUCCAAGCAUACAAGAAGAGAAUCGCAGCGCAGGCAGAUGCAGCGGGUGUUGUUAAGGCCCAUUAA